AUGGAGUUCGACGACGACCGCGACAUCGUCAAGCUAAUGAUGGGUCCACUUCAACUGCCCGGCGUUGAUAACUUCGGCAAAGACAACACACCACGACGUUCCCUUCUUCUUGACACAGUCAUGCAAGGCCGACCCAGGGCAUCCAGCUGCGAACUCGUUCAAUUGCCUGCCGAGAUCCUCGCCGAUAUCGUCGAUCUUCUAAGCGAUGACAAGACGUCGUUGGGGUCCCUUGCACUAGCCAAUAGUGACUGUCGCCAACUUGCGCGCUGUGGUCAAUUCGCCGAGGUCAACUUCGACUACAGCCUCCAAGCAAGGCAGCUUGCUUCUCAUCUUGUACAAGAAAACUCUUCUCAGCUCCUCAAACCUGGAAUUGGUGCUUGUAUUCGCAGGGUCACGUUUGCUUCCCAUCCACACCAUUUCACACAAACUCAUCGAGAGCUUUAUGACGCACUCGACGGCCCAGACUCUGAAUCAAUCACCGACAAACAACUAUAUUUUCUCUAUCAUCAGGUGGGUGCGGAGUAUGUCGCCGCACGUGCAGUCGCAGUCGAGGCUAUCUCAUCAUUGCCGAACCUCGAAAGUCUCAGCUGGAAGGACCAGUAUUCUCUGGACGGGGAUUUUUUCCGAAAGAUAACGCGGUGCUCGGUACAGCACAUCGACCUGGACAGGCCGGUGAUCGAUGAUGCCUGGUCUUUGACGCCGCCGCUGACACCUUCGGUCUGGCCGCUCAGGUCGCUGAAACUUCACGUCAGUUUGGCACAGGACAAAUGGAACGAGAUUCGAGAGAAAGGCGAGACUGACACGCAUCACAUGACGAGCUUCUUCUCAACCCUGUUCCGCCUCUGCUCACAGACCCUCGAGUCUCUGACUUGGAUGUAUUUGAACGAUACAAGACAAGAAGGCGUCCCUGUCUCUAUCGGAGACAGGACCGUGUCGUUUCCUCGCCUGCGAUACUUGAGGACCAACUUUGUCAAGCUCGACAGCGUUGGUAUCUCAUCUCUUCUCAAAUCGCCUCUUAGGUCGCUUGAUUUAGACCACAUGGUAUUACAAAAUCCCUCAGUCUUCAAUUGCGAGCCUUUACAAGAUCUUGAGGACUUUGUAGUUUCUUUUGCGCCGCGAGAUAUCUCAGCUUGUAAACGCAUUGCAAAGUUCAUCUUGCAGCACACGGGGUUGCGUAGAUUGUAUCUCCACGAGGCAUCCGCGGCCAUGGAAGGAGUUCCGUAUCUCGAUGAUGUUAUAAUGCCCAUACUGAAUAGCUGCGACUUUGGUAGCCUCAGAUCGUUACAUCUAACCUGGGGAGAACCUCAAAUUCCAACAAACUCCCUAAAAAUGAUCGGACGGCUUGUUUCCCUGGAGCAGCUGAGUCUCAGCGCCGGAAAGAGUUACGGACCGCAACACUACUGGCUUGUAGAUCAUGAGAAGCUCCGCCGUGGGCUCAGGAGGCUCCAAAGACUCACUAAGCUGGCGAUAGUCCAGGACACGUAUCCUGCUCCCGUACCUCAGCUCCCUGAUGAGUUGUACUACGAGUUUCGAGUACCGGGACCCGGGUCGAUGGGUGAUGUGACAGCGAGGCCAGAGCUUGAUGUGGACGAAGAUGAUAGGAGGCCCAUAGAAGUGGAGGCCUUAUGGGAGAGGAUGCAUCGUAACCGGAUGCUUAAUCAGGCUGAGAAGUAUGCUGCCAUCUUUCCAAAGCUUGAGUGGAUGUUUUGUGGGCAGAGACCGAUGGGGUUCAUACAAGCAGCUGAGGGGCAGUGCGAGCUUCGACAAGCAAUACCGUUGACUAAAGGGAGAGAUCAGUGUCGUACCUAUCUAGGAGAAAUGUUUAGAGGCUCUGAAUAG